GUUAUUGUGGUAUGUCUGACUCCGAGAAACUUCUAGAUUCUGACCAUGAAUCUUUGCCUGGUCCUAGUGUACAUUCGUUGCCUGAUGGUAGUUCUGCACAUCAUACUGGUAAUAACGACUUGGUGGAUACAUUCUCGCUGUUUAAAACCUAUCUUGACGGGAAGAUCGCUACUCUUCACAAAGACUUGGCCGUUGGCAAUGAGAACUUCGCUACCAAACUCAAGCAAGAAGUGUCAGUUAAACUUAAAGGUGAGGGUAAUCAGAUACAGUUCAAUUUCAAUUGUGAAAUUAUGGCCGACCUUGUUAAGCUUCAGAAGCGUAUUCCUGAUGAAGAUGCAGCAUGUCUUAAAUUGGUAUCUGGUGCUAUCCUCAAAGUUAAGAAGCGUAAUAAACUCAUCCGCAUUGCAGACAAAUCCCCCGCAGGCUGGAAAACCGUCCGCGAAUAUGAGAGUGACGACCUUGCCUCCGACUCAGAAGAUGAGAAACGCAUUCGUUCUGCAGAAAGCCGUGCCAUUAGGAGUAUCAAGGAAAAGAAAAGACCUCAUCCUUAUAGAACCGUUACAGCUACUGUUUCUGCUCCUCCUGCUCCAAUGCCCAAUCAACACAACGUUCGACAAAACAAUUAUCAACAGCCGCCCUUUCGGACCAGCAGACGGAGGGAACCCUCAUCUCAUGACAUCUGUUACAACUGCAACCAGAUUGGUCACUGGCGAACUCAGUGCCCCCUUUUCAGUACAAAACCAGCUGUCCCAGGGACAUCAAGGCAACAGAGUUAAUGAUAAGUAUUUUGAUACUACUUUUUUAGAUGAAAGCAAUCUUUACGGACAGUUUGAACUGUUUCUGUCACAUGCUAAAUAUUUUGAUAAUAUUGAUAUUUCAUCUGUUGCAAAAGGGGUAAAAUAUAGUUUACGCAAGCAUAUACAAUUCUGGAAACAUAUAGGUGCAAAUGAAUUUGUUAUCAAUACUAUCCAACAUGGUUACGUUAUUCCAUUUUUGCAGACUCCUACAUCUAUGUCAUUUAAGAAUAACAAAUCUGCAAAUGUCCAUUCUAAAUUUGUAAAUGAAGCAAUUUCAGAAUUACUGAAU